UAAGCUUUUCAGUAGACGACCCCAUGCAGAAAUGGAUUUAUACAGGUCUGCUGGAGGCAGAAGAUGGAGAGCGAAGAUGCCCUGCCUGUUUCUACACCUUUGCACUUGAGAAGCCCGGAGGAAAAGAGCGAGCCCCUGCGAGGAAAGCUGCGAAUCUCUCCCAGGGCCGGAUGCGGACCACCAGGCUGCCUCCGGAGGAAGGCGGCUCGUUCGGCUGGACGCGCCUGGUGGCAGGUGCUGGAGCGCACGAUAAAGAACUCAAAAAGGAAAGUGCCGGGGGCGUGGGACAGAUAGCCCAGCUUCAGGCUGUCUGCACAAACAGAAUGGCCAGGGGCCCCAAAUCACAUUCCUCUCAAAUGAGGGUAAGGAAGGGCAAGCGGUCCCCGCAACCCCUGCUGCCAGGACGAGCUGUAACGCGGAGAGGGCGGGUGGGCACAGCUGACCAGGGUGGCCGCUGGCUGGAGAUGCGGGCGGACGGACGACCCUCCCGGUUCUUACCCCGGCCACCUCGGGGGCCCCGGUUGUGGGCGCCCACCCCGCCGCGCGGGCGGCCAGAGGACCUGACCCUGGCCCAGACCCCCUUCCCUGCCACCCCCUCGCCGUCCCUCACUUACCGAGGGCGCGGGGGUCCCCGGCGACCCUGCUGCCGAGGUCAGGGGGCGGCUCGCGGGGCCGGGCGCCCAGGAAGCCGGGAAGCCUCGGUCGUUCCCGCAGUGAACAACCCUCUGCAGUGGGACCGCAGCCCGCGGCGCCCCCUCCCCAGAGAGCCGGGAGCGACAGCCCGCGGCUCCAAUGCGCGCCGGGAGGGCGGACACAGCAGAUACAUUUUGAAAGGAUUCAAAACUGUGCACGGUGAGAGCUCGUUUGGAGAGAAAAUUACGUAUAUGAAUUGA